GACUUUUCUUGAACGCAAGUAUUUGCUCAUAUUUUUAUCCACUGAAUGAAUUGAUAGGUAGAUUUUUUUUUAACUCUCUGUGUGAGAUUCUGUUUAUGUAAGAAACGAGGAAUUUAUAUUUGAAGCCCUUUACUACCAACUGGUGGAGCUAAUGCAGCAGCGCGUCGUUUAUGAAGAGCCACUAAAGCCGAAAAGAAGAGUGGCGUUUUCCGCAUUCCUCCUGCACCCUGCAGUCAGCUCGCAGCUCCGCUCCGGUUCGGGACCAGCACCAAGCACCGCCGCGCCGCUGGGUGGGAACUUCCCAUCAUACAUGGGAUCGUAGUCCUUUCAGCGGAACAUUGGAGCAGGAACAAACCGGGGGCUGAGACUUGGACAAAGAAGAUCCAUGUGAAAGCAAAUCAACAUGGCCCUGUUCAAGCCUGAGAAUGUGGAAGACUUCUAUGAGAUUGAGGAAGUUUUGGGGAGUGGGCACUUUGGUCAGGUUCGAAAAGUCUGUGAGAGGACAUCAAGGACUCACUGGGCUGGCAAGUUCCUAAAGAUUCGAAAAACGGCCUGCAGCCGUCUGGGUCUGGACAGGACCAGCGUGGAGCGAGAGGUGGAGAUACUACAGAUAUUACACCACCCAAAUAUUGUGGCCCUCAAAGACGUCUUUGAGAGUCGAUCAGAGGUGGUGCUCAUCCUGGAGCUUGUUAGUGGAGGAGAGUUGUUUGACUUCAUUGCUGAGAAGGAGAACCUAUUGGAAUGUGAGGCCAUUGAGUUUCUAAAGCAAAUCCUGGAAGGACUGAAGUUCAUGCACAAGAACAACAUUGUCCAUUUCGACUUAAAGCCUGAAAACAUCAUGUUGUCGGACAAAGGUUCCCCGCACCCCAACAUUAAGCUCAUUGACUUUGGCUUGGCUCACCGUUUUUGCCAAGGAGAGGAGUACAGAAGCACAAGUGGCACUCCCCAGUACAUUGCGCCUGAGAUGAUCAGCAACGAGCCUCUCAGCACAGCAGCAGACAUGUGGAGCAUUGGAGUAAUUACCUAUAUACUAUUGAGUGGUUUGUCUCCAUUCCAAGGUGAGACUGAUGAAGAGACUCUGAAGAACGUCAUUGCAACCAAUUAUCAGUUUAAUAAGCAUUACUUCAGCAUGACCAGCUCCAUGGCCAAAGAUUUCAUCAUGAAACUUUUGAUAAAAACCCCCAAUGAAAGAAUGACAGCUGAAGAAUGUCUUGUACAUCCAUGGAUAAAGCCCAUCACUCGCACACAGGCGGACAAAAGGAGCCGAUCUUCAAUCAAUAUGAGAAGCUUUAAGAAAUUUAACGCCAAAAGGAAAUGGAAGAUGUCUUACAACAUGGUGUUGAUGUGUAACCGGCUCGUCAGUCUGAGGCUACCAUGUAAGAGCAACUCCAAUCCAGAUCCACUGCAGGUGAGAAUUAAAACCUAUUCUAAAGUUUGAGUCCACUGAUCGGUCUGAUAACAGCUUUGUUGACAAUUUCUAAACUAUAAACUGAUCAAAUUCCAGUGAUGUGACAUUAGCAAGUUGUCA